AUGCUUAUGCUCCAGUACCAAAACCUGCUGCUGCAAUCGGUGCUCAGCGAGCGUCUGGACCCCGAAACCCCGCCAUUGGGCAUCGAUCAGGUGGUGUCGGACUUCGACAAUGUCACCUUCCACAUCUCCAACCCGGACCCCAAGGACAAGACGGUCAUCAUGGUGUCCAUGUACAUCAAGUGUUUCCAGGAUCUGGUCAAGUGCGGCGCCAAGAAGAUUCUGGAGCGGGAGUAUGGCCCCUACCUGACCGAGCCCGAGCCUGGAUACGACGUUUCGCUGCUGCUCAACCUCACAGACGGCUCCAUCCCCUCGGACCCCGAGCAGCGAGACGAGCUUGUCAACAAGAUUGCACUGCUCAAGAGAAACACGUUUGCUGCUCCAUUCGAAAAGGCCUUUGACAAGUUCGACCAGCUGGCCGAGGAGGCUGCUGCCGAGGGCAAGGACCUGUACGCCCCCCAAAAGUCCGAUAACGAGGUCAUGGCGAUCCACUACCGAGACGAGGAGUCCAUCUACGUGCGACCGAGCUACGACCGAGUCACCGUCAUCUUCUCCACCAUCUUCAAGGACGAGACUGACCGAAUCUUUGGAAAGGUGUUCCUGCAGGAAUUCGUUGACGCUCGACGAAGAGCCAUCCAAAACGCCCCCCAGGUGCUGUACACGCAAAAGGAGCCGCCGCUGGAGAUCAGAGACGUUGUCAAGCCCUCUUCUAACGCCGACAACAUGGGAUACGUCACCUUUGUGCUUUUCCCCCGACAUCUUGUGGCCUCUCGACGAGAGAACUGUAUCUCGCACAUCCAAAUCUUCCGAGACUACUUCCACUACCAUAUCAAGUGUUCCAAGGCCUAUAUGCACUCGCGAAUGCGAUUCCGAGUGAGCGAGUUCCUCAAGGUGCUGAACCGAGCAAAGCAGGAGAAUGUGGUCAAGGAGAAGAAGACCGCCAGUGGAAGAACCUUCAAGCAUCCCAACUAG